CUGCUUCCAUCGGCAUUCUCUCCAUCGGGGACAUGGGCUUGGGCAUUGCGAGGUUGCUCCAGGCCCAUUCGUGUCACGUCCUCACCUCGUGCGCCGGCCGCAGCCCAGCCACCCGCAAGCGCGCUGAGUCUGCCUCGAUCGAUAUCUUACCGGACGACAUCAGCCUUGUGAACCGUUGCGACUACAUCCUCUCCAUUGUCCCACCUCGAGAUGCCAAGGCAACCGCCGAGCGAAUCAUAGCUGCAUACAGGCAAGGUGCCCGACAGCCUGAUGGUAACCCACUGUACUUUUUGGAUCUGAACGCCAUUUCUCCUACCUCAGUGCGUGCUAUUGAGUCACGUAUCAAUGAAGAAACACCAGCUAUUCGUUUUAUCGAUGGCGGAAUUAUUGGCUCUCCGCCUAGUCGGAUCAGUAAAGGCAAUGAUCUGAGUUCCUGGAAACGGCCCAGCAUUCCCAUCUCUGGCCCGCACGCACUUGACAUCGCGCCGGUCAGCGGGCAAAAUAUUGCUUCCGUCCUCAACACCAAGUACUUGGGACCCACUAUCGGCACGGCAAGUGGUUUGAAAGCCUCUUUUGCAUCCCUUACCAAGGGCUUCACGGCCCUGGCCAUUCAGUCCUUCAGUACAGCGGAACAAAUGGGCGUUUUACCAGAGUUAAAAGAGCAGUUGCAGGAGUUUUUUCCGGCACUGGGAGAACGGGCCGCUAGCGGAUUAGUAGGAAUGCCUAAGAAGGCGUAUCGUUGGGUUGGCGAGAUGAAUGAAAUUGGAGAGACGUUUCGGGACGACGGAGGUUGGUCUGACGCCAACGUCUUUGACAACAUUGCAGAAGUCUAUCGCGUCGUAUCGGACACCAAGCUAGGUGAUCAGUAUGCCGAAGGGAAGAAAGACCUUGAUGAGGUUGUUGAAGGCCUAGUCGAAGGAUUGGAUCGGAAGCCAUAGCUGAUGUCGUAACUUUCAUCUACGGUGAAGGUUCGUAUGCUUUGAGGGUACUUGGACUAUGAUGUUUGAAAGCAUCUGAAAGUUUAACCAAUUCAUAGUUAUUCGACCCAGCGACAAGUAGACGACAAGAAUCAAACAAAAAGUUUAAGGAUCGAGAUUACGCAGGAGCAAAACACUUUCUUUAAGGACCCAGAGAAGACGAGCACAGCAACGAAAAAGCAAAACAAAGCAUUCCGCAAAGCUUAUCAUGAUGUCAAACCAGCAAAGAGACGUUCGCGUCGCCGAUUGGUCCCAGGUCACUUUAUUCCUCAUCGAAACCAAUCAAGUUAAUACAGCUUGCUUGUCUCAGUCACCACCGAUCGAGAUUCACCGUCUAGCGAGAAAGGAAUGAUAUAAGCAGUCUCUAUAGAGUAUUCCUUAUCUAGAUACAUACCUAAAUUAGCUAUAAGCCUAAAAUUUUAUGAACCCAGAUAAUUUGCCCA